AUGUCUCUCUCACGCCUUUUCAACAACUACCACCUCCGCGUUUCCUCCAACCAAGCACGCACCAUCCGUCUCUUCUCUGCGCAUCCCGCACCAAUGAAGAUCAAUUUCAUACUAGCCAUGCAAAUAACUGGAGGAUACAAGGAGAGAAAGAAGCAGGAUCUCUUGACAGAGAUGCGAGAAAUGCGAUUGGGAUCCUCGGUCCCGAUGAGCGAGCGAGCGGAGUUGGAGAUGCACAUCGCGAAGAUGGGGAUGAGUAUCGAGGAGAAGGAGAAAAUGCACAUGGGAUUUGUGGAGGAGAUGGAGAGGGAAAGAAUGAGAUUGAUGAGGUUGGAGGCGGAGAAUUGUUUGCCGUUUGUUUUUAUGAAUCAGGGGAUUUCUACUGGUCGUUAG